CAGCUCCCCCACCUCGUCCUCCCCUCCCACGCCGAAGGUGCCUUUUUGUUUGUGCUUGCCUCUGCGUCUGCGUCUGCGUCUGCGGCCAGUUCAUCGUCGCUGCUUGGCUUUUCCUCAAUCUUCUCGCUCCGUUCCUCUUCUCACUCGCCGGAGUCGCCGCCGCCGCCGCCCUCCGCCAUCGUCACCGUCGUCGUCGUCGGCGCACGGAGACACCCUCCCGCCCCCGGAUCACGUCCCAUCCCCGGAGCCUUUCCCCGCUCUUCAAUUCCCUGAAUCUCACUCCUCCUCGAGCGCUGCGGGAGCGAAUUAAAGCUUGGUUAGCAUGGGGAAUCCGGUGGCCUGAUCGUCCCAAAUCAUGUGGCUUGCCUUCUGGAGAUCGAGGAAUCGACUCUCCCUUGACGAGCUCAGAUAUUUGACUGAUCAACUCUUUAAAAUCCAAGUUGUCAACGAGGUGAACAAGGAUUUUGUCAUUGAGGCCUUGCGAUCAAUUGCGGAAUUGAUAACAUAUGGCGAUCAGCAUGACUCUGCCUUUUUCGAGUUUUUUAUGGAGAAGCAAGUCAUGGGCGAGUUUGUUCGAAUUUUGAAGAUUAGUAGACCUGUCGGUGUUUCACUUCAGUUGCUUCAAACGUUGAGUAUAAUGAUCCAAAACCUUAAAAGUGAACAUGCCAUAUAUUAUUUGUUCAGUAAUGAGCAUAUCAACUACCUAAUAACCUAUUCAUUCAACUUUGACAAUGAGGAGCUGCUCUCCUACUAUAUAUCUUUUUUAAGAGCGAUAAGCGGGAAGCUAAAUAAAAACACAAUUUCUCUGCUGGUGAAGACUCAAGAUGAUGACGUAGUAUCUUUCCCACUAUAUACUGAGGCAAUACGGUUUGCCUUCCAUGAAGAAAAUAUGGUCCGUACAGCCAUACGCGCUCUUUCACUCAAUGUUUACCAUGUUGGUGAUGUAUCUGUGAAUAGAUUUGUCGCCAGCCCUCCACAUUCUAAAUAUUUUUCAAACUUGGUCAAAUACUUCUGCAAGCAGUGCUUGGAGUUGAAUGAAUUGGUUUCAGAUGCUCUAAAAUCUGGCCCAGAACCGCCAUCUACUAUUCUUGCUGUGGUGGAUGAACUUGAGGAUACUCUGUACUAUUUCAGUGAUAUCACCUCCGCUGGUAUUCCUGAUGUUGGGAGGUUACUGACUGAUGAGUUUUUGAAGCAUUUGGUGUUUCCAUUGCUCCUUCCUUCUCUGAAGACAGAACCAGCUUAUGAAGUAAGGAUUGGUUCUGUCACUUCUUUGUACUUGAUCUGCUGCAUCCUUCAUAUUGUUAAGAUCAAAGAUUUGGCGAAUAGUAUAGCCGCUGGGCUUUUUUUUCCUCCGGAGGUGUUCGUUGCAAAUUCUGGUAAUAAGGCCAAUGGUUUCUUAUCUGUUCAUGAACCUACCAAUGAAAGCAAACAACCAGACAACGAAAGUCUUGGCAGUGAAAAUGAUAAAAAGUUGAAGGCCUAUCUGGUUGACUGUUCUACUGGUACACAAGUCCAUGAAGAGGCUGCCGUCAAGGCAAAUGUUAGUAUCGAUUCCUCUGUUGCAUUGAGGGAGACAUUACUUUCGUACAUCAGAGAUGGGAACAAUGUUCAAGUUUUGGGUUCGUUGAGUGUGUUCGCUACGCUGUUACAAACGAAAGAACUGGAUGAGUCAAUGCUGGAUGCUCUUGGAAUUCUUCCUCAGCGCAAAAAGCAGAAAAAACUCUUGCUAGAAUCAUUGGUUGGCGAGGGUUCUGGUGAAGAGCAACUGUUUUCUUCUGAAAGCAUUUCAAUGAAAGAUGGUCUAAGUGGUGAACUAGAUGGUUAUCUACAAAGAAUCAAGGACCAGUAUUGUGUGUCAACUUCAAGUACAGAAGAGGGAGCAAGCCCUAGGUGCCACAGAUUUCAGGUGCUAGAUGCGUUGAUCGCUCUUUUCUGUCGCUCAAAUAUACCAGGAGAGACAUUGUGGGAUGGGGGCUGGCUUUUGCGCCAAUUGCUUCCCCAUGGCGAAGCAGAGUUUAGCAGUCAUCAUCUCGUAUUGCUCAAAGAAUCAUACAGGAGCUGUACUCGUGCUCUUUUACAGGAGACUAGAGGAUCGUGGCCCGAUUUGGUCCUCACAAUCAUUAUUAAUGAGUGGAAGAAGUGCAAAAGAGCAAUUGAGGCUUCAUCCCCCAGAAAGGAGCCUAAGAGCAUACUCUUGUCACAGUGGAAGUUCCAUGAAGAGGUUGCUCCGAGUGAAUCAUCCAUCCCUGCUGGUGAAAGGAUGUGUGAGGUGGUAAAGGUGUUCGUCCUACGUCAUCAACUUCAACUAUUUUCCCUUGGUAGAGCUUUGCCAGAGCAGCCUUCUAUUAAUGCACAAGGCGAUCACCCGGAAAAUUCACGUGCAAAAACAUCUGGACUCAAUGUCUCUGUUCCAAAGCCUGGCACUGAAUUAAAAGUUGUUGAUGCUCUGCCGUGUAGGAUUGCCUUUGAGAGGGGUAAAGAACGUUACUUUCGCUUUCUUGCUGUCUCUGCGGGAAUUUCAGGAUGGCUUAUUCUCGCUGAAGAAUUACCAUUGAAGCAGAACUAUGGAAUUAUCCGUGUUGCUGCACCUUUGGCUGGUUCAAAUCCAAGAAUCGAUAACAAGCACCCAAAGUGGUUACACUUGCGAAUCCGGCCAUCCUCAAUACCCUCUUUGGAUCCCACAAAAACUUCAGAUGGAAAAGUGAAGCCAAGAGCUAUGGUGGAUGGGAGGUGGACCCUGGCAUUCAGGGAUGAGGAGUCUUGCAAGACUGCUUUGUCUAUGAUUGUUGAGGAGACAGAUCUGCAGAGUAAUGAGGUAGAGAAGAGACUAAAACCUUUACUCGACCUUGAAAAUGCCUUAGGUUUAUCUGACAUUUUUCAGCACGAGACUUCCUCUUAAACUGAAAGCUUUCCGCCCAACAAUUAAUUUCUUGGUUUUAAGCUGAAAAAAAUAGUUUACUUUUUGUGGGGGUGAGAUUUAUUAGGAUUAUUCACCCUUCAUAGGAGCCCUGUCUGUAGAUACACCAAAAUUUAGAUUAGCUUCCUCUGUGUCAUUCUUUGUAUAUGAGUGUUGUGCCUGAUUUUUUAUUUAUCAACCUUUUCCCUUUUCUCUAGCAGCUGCUGUCAAGAGUAUGUAUAUUUCAUGGGUCAAAAGCUGUAAAAUCAUUGUACAUCUCAGACAAUCUCAUUAGUGAAUUUUUUAGAGCAAUUUUUUUCCCAAGAUCAA